GCGUUGGAACAGGAAGUGGGCGGAGCCAGCUGCUGGUGGCGGAUUGUAAACAAAACGUUAGCCGUUAGCCGUUAGCCGAGCUGCACAAGGCGGAUAUAAGAGGAGGACAAGAGUCGGUGAGCUUCAGGAUGAAGGCCUCCGCUCUGCGCCUCCUCCUCCCUCCUCUCCGCCUGUUGACGGCGGCGGUGUGGCAGGUGAUCCAGCAGCAGAGCGUGAAGCAUUAUGGGAUGCUGGAGGAGUUUGUUACCCUGGUGACCGAGGCCGUCCCACAGCUGCUGACAGAAAGGCAGAGAGGUGUUCUUCUGCUGGCUCUGAGGGCCAAGGUGACCCUUUCUCACCCUGCUGAUGAUCAGACUCACCUGGAGAGGAUCCGCUCCAUCUCCAAAGCAUCGCAGGAUGAAGAGCUGACUGAGUGCUGCUCUGCUCUCCUCUCUCUGACUCAGACUCCUGCUGAGUCACAGCGCCUCCUGCAGGUGGGUGGUUUCGCUGCAGCUCUCCUGAGACUCCUUCCCUCUUCAUUGCCUCCUCUGCUCCUCUUCCAGGAAGUGUUUGACCAGCGCUUUGACUCCGCCCUCCAGUCGCUGCUGUCCGACCUCCUGACCCGGAUCGAGCAGCUGUUCCCGGUGCCGGACUUCAGACAGGCGGCCUGUUGGCUCCACGAUGCCCCCUGUGUUCUGGAGGACUCUCUGCAGGAGACGGACAGGGAACACCUGACGGAGCUCUUAACCAAUCAGAGCUGCCGACUGGGCCGAGCAACAACCGCAGUUUCUGGUGAAACUGAGGAAAUGCUCCUGUCAGCCUGGUCCCACCCCCUCCUCACUAGCCCCGCCCACCCUGACCCAGCCAGCCAAUCAGAGGGAGGCCUGCCGCAGCUAGACAUGAAGGUGGAGGUGGAGGUGAUGACGGAGGAUGUGAUUGGUCAGAGCAUGUCAGAGGAGGAGCAGGAGGCGUCCAAUCAGAGCUCAGAGGGAGGCGGAGUCACAACCGUGGUGGAGGGCGGGGUCACGUCUGAUCCUGUCAGGAUGAAAGACUCACCUGGCCAAUCAGAGGGCUCCCAACGCACAGCCAUUUCCCAUAAUUCCCGGCGUGUGGCUCACAGGUGUCCUGCUUGUGGAAAGUGCUUCAUCUACCGCUCUCAGGUGAUCCGCCACCUGCGCUCCAACAGAACCUGCGGGUCGUCAGGAAAACCCGGAUCUGGAGCCCUACAGGGUCGGAUUGAGGGGGAGCCCCGCCCCCUCCGGGCCCACGCCUGCUUCCAGUGCAGCUCCACCUUCACCACCAGAACCGAGCUGGUGACCCACUGCCGCACUCACCUGACCCGGCCCGUCUACCGGUGCGACCAGUGCGACAGCGCCUUCCAGCUCCAGUCCAGCCUGACCAAUCACAAGCAGACCCACCGUCUGCACGACCUCAGCUGCUCCGUCUGCGCGCAGACCUUCAGCUCGCAGACGCGGCUGCUGCGCCACCUGCAGACGCACUCAGCCGAGGGAGCUGAGUGCAUCUACAGGUGUCUGUUCUGUGACCAGAGCUUCUCAGGAGUCACUCAGCUGCGGAUCCACCAGCGCAGCCACUCCUCCCGCUCCUACCAGUGCGAUCAGUGCGACAAGUCGUACAGCUCGGUGACGGGGCUGCAGUCGCACCGCGCCACCCACAGCGGCGACAACCGCUUCCUGUGCCCCCAGUGCGGCAAGUGCUUCAAGACCUGCGACGGCCUGGAGGGCCACCUGAGGACCCACAGCGGGGAGCGGCCCUUCCGCUGCCCCUACUGCCCCAAGGACUUCACCGCGCACGCCGGCCUCAGCGUGCACGUGAGGCAGCACACGGGCGAGAAGCCGUACGUCUGCACGGUGUGCGGGAAGGCGUGGCCCUCUGGUGGAGACCUGCAGAAACACAUGAGGACCCACACCGGGGAGAGACCCUACGUCUGCCAGGAGUGUGGGAAAGCCUUCUCCAUCUCCUGCCACCUGACUGAGCACCGCCGCAUACACACAGGAGAGAAACCAUUCUCGUGUCCUGAAUGUGGGAAGUGUUUUCGGAGACGGUUUGACCUGAAGAAGCACCUGCUGUCCCACAGCAAUGUUCGUCCCCAUCCCUGCACCUUCUGCUCCAAGAGCUACACCCGACAGACUCACCUGAACCGACACCUGCUGACCCACAGGACAGCUGACAAGGAGGUGGAGGAGGAGGCGGAGCCUGUUGAGGAGGCCUGACCUCCUGAAGAACAGCUGUUAUGAUCUGACUGAUUUUCUACUUAAAUCCCUGUUCAUCCAGUGUGAACAACUGAGUGACCAGACCUGAUGCGGAGCAGUUAAAGGAUAUAUUUUAGCCAUCAUGUAAAUAUGUUUAUAAGUUUAUUAGAUCUUCAGCUGAGAUGAUAAACAGAUUUAUUGGAUCUCUUUGCAGAACUUCAGAUGUCUUUGUUUGAACAGAACCUCUUAAUAAAACCAUUUGGAUUAAACUUUG